ACUUUUUGCCCCACUGUAUAUACUGUACUCGAUACCAUCUACUAUAUCUUGCCUAUGCCGUUCUGUACCGUUCUGUACUCAUUCAUUAUUCUUUAUGUACAUAUUCUUUAUCCCUUUACACUUGUGUGUAUAAGGUAGUAGUUUUGGAAUUGUUAGGUUAGAUUACUCAUUGGCUAUUACUGCAUUGUCGGAACUAGAAGCACAAGCAUUUCGCUACACUCACAUUAACAUCUGCUAACCAUGUGUAUGUGACAAAUAAAAUGUUAUUUUAUUUUACUGGUAUGAGACUCUCACCACCUCUUUCCCUGUCAAAACAGACACCAUCAAGCUGCUUGGGGUCACCUUCCAGAGGGAUGGAGAUGGCUCCGUCAGCUGAGAGGAGACCAUCCGCCAUGUCCAAGACUGUGAAUGAAGCGCAUGAUCCCUCACAAUGACGGGUCAGGUCUGCCCUCGGCUGGUCUGGCGUCCUGGAAGUACAAGGACAUCAUGACCCACAUCCGCUCCAAGGACACCAUUGCACACCUUUGAGCCAGCUCAGCCGUGGACCCACAACAGGCAUGGUUAAACAUCAAUCACCAUGGCAUUACAAACUUACAGAAAGAACUCUCAUGGAAAGCUGUUCAUAGUUGCCUCCCCACUAGGAAAUGAAUGUAUAGACAGCACAUAGCACAUACAGAGAGCUGCCCCCAUGGAUGUACUGAUACUGAAAACAUCUACCACCUGUUUGCUGAGUGUACCAUGGCCAGUCGGGUUUGGGCCCCGUUUGUUCUAUCUCCCUCAACAGGUUGCUGACCAUACCUCACUUGACAGCGAAGAACAUCCUGAACGGUCCACCUGGUGGAUGCACCACCACUCAGCUCCGCCAGCAGUGAAGGAUCAUCGGUACCAUCAAGCAGGUCCUGUGGGAGAAAAAGUACAACAGGUUCUACCAGCAACAAACUGUGGAGCGAACGACCCUGAGGUGGAGGAUCACCAUCCUUCCAGCCGACCAAGACAAACCCCAGACCCGUCCUCCUGUCUUCAUUUCCAGCCUCGCGGGACCAAAGGGGAAUGCCACAAAUGACCUCUGGGUCUAGGGCUCCUCUCCGCUCCCCUCUGCAGACUCAGCACUAGCCCAAGCACCAGUCCAGAUCCCGGUUUCCAGCAUAAACCCACCAAACGAGGUGUGGAGACACAACACCAAACCUUCACCCGGAGCGAGCGGACCACAGGGAAGUACCACCAUUGACAUCUCAGUCUAGGGCCCCUUUGUGUGUCUGCUUGCUCCUCCUGUUGUCCUUCCUCCCCUCUACAGACCCAGAUCCCGACCCAGCACUUGCAGCAGCCCCAGUUCCCGGUACCUGGUUCCUUUUCCCCCCGGUCCCAGCACAAUUCCCGGUCCAAGCCACAACACCAGCACCAACUCUGGGCACAGCCCCCACCAACCAUAACUGCCAAUUCAGCAAUUGCCAGCCCAGCCCCCACCACGUCCUCCCCCAACAAAAAGACACAGACACAUUGUAGCCAACUUUAGCCUGUUAGCUAGGGUGCUUGACUGCCGUUGUGAGGUCAGAACGCUCGGAUCAACCCUACUCCUCGGCCAGAGAUCUCUGAACGCUCCGAGAGCAAAAUGCUCAGAAUUUACGAAUGCCAAGAGCACACUUUGGCACUCCAGAUUGAAUUAACAAACACACCCAAUUAUUGAUUUAUUUAAAUACUCCAUAUUUAGGCAAAUUUAGUAUGACAUCUGGGAACUUUUGGCAUACUAACUAUAUCCAUACUAUGACCGAUAAGCAUUCUACAUACUCAAAUUACAUCUCAAAUAGUAUGGUUAGAAUGAGAAUUCGAACACAGCUAAUGUCUUUCGGGACUGCCUGUCGGGCACUACUUUCCCGCAUUUUUGUUAACAACGGUGAGGGCAGGCGGGAUCGAAGGACACUGGAAUCCGGUACACAUCAGGCGGGAGGCGGGAUACGUAGCUAGCUAGGACAUCAGUAGACAGUGUUCUGACAUAGAAAUUAUAUAAGUUAAGGACAAAAAGUUAAAACAACCACUCAAUGUAUUGUGACAUCUGUGAAACUGAGAACAGGAAGGGGGGUCUCCUCACCCACAGAGGGAAAGAGCCAUUAGGCUUGUUGUAGAUUAGGAAACAUGUUGAAGAAUAUGAUAAGCAAUGACCAGUUAGAGAAGACUUGUACAAAAGCAUUCAUUUAUUGAGUGAACGCCAAAUAAUAGAAAGGGACAUUUAACAUGUGUGUGUGUGUAUUCAAAGUAGAUUAGAGAAAUAUUAACAAUUCUAGGAUGGAACAUGUCUGUAAGGAUUUGAUCUUAUAGACUAGACUGUGUCCCGAGAAGAGAAGUAAGUCAGGCACUGAGUAACCGCAGAGGUUUCCUGUUUAGAGCUCGACCUGUCAGUUGCAGACAUAUAGAGGAACCCAGUUUAACCGAAGGAGCUAUCGAAGUUGAACAUUGUGACAGAGUUAGAUGAGAGGAGGGGCAUUUAUAAAGUGUAUGUUAUGACCAAAUGUGAGGUAGAAAAGGCCAUGUGCAUUGUAUGAUUUUUAGAGCUCUCGUGAAUAAACAUUUUGACUAUUUUAAGCUGGGACUCUGUCUGUUUCAUUCAACCAGAAUCUUACAAACUCUGGGUUGCUGAGUAGUUUAAUUGAAGUUCAGUUUAAGAACAUUGAGAACAAAAUUCUCGUAACAUCUUCGCGCGGGUGCCUGUCGGGCACUGCUUUCCCACACUUGUGUUAAUGCAGAGGGCAGGUGUUCGGCAGGCGGAAGUGAAGGACACUGUGUGCUAGCUAGCUAGCAUGGAGGUCUCCAGUACACAGCAGGCGGGAGCGACAUCGGUAGUGUCAUAUAUACAUAUAUUCAUACACAUAGCUCAUAUAUUAUACAGCGCCAAACUUAUCCGCUUGACUCCAGUCAUUGCACGCACCCCUGUCCAAACAGGAAGCACCCUACCCCCAGCCAUAAACUGCCAGUUUCAGUUCCCCUUAUCUCACGACUCCUGGACACACACACACUCCACCCCCCUCUACUGGUCGGGUGCCAAGAGCAGAGGACUCUGCUGUGCACCAUUGGGGCUCCUGCUCUGGCUGGAGCAGGCCCGCCUCCAACUCUUCGGGACCAGUCAGAAGACCACCACGACAAGACUCCACCUACAUUAUUCUAUGUAUAAAAACUGUUGUAACCUUUGUUUAGGUCCCUUUUUCAGCUAACUCCAUUUUGAACUAUAUGAAUCAGGUCCGUGCACGUUAAACUGCUAGGACAAGAUAUCUUUGACCUUAAUAAACUGCCUUUUUGCUAUACUUGAUUCCACUCUGUCCAGCGUCCAUGAUUUGGUCUCACUCUCCUGUAAGUUAAUCAUCAACAAAACUUGGUAGCAGAGGAUGGUUUAAACAUCUGAAUUCUAUCUAGGACAAGUGGAUGUGAGAGGAGACAAAUCAUUGGGUGCAAACCAAACGGAAGGGUGACCUCUCGCUAGGAGUAUUCGGCUAUUCAACUUGCCUCAGGAAACUGAUCAGAGCGCACGACAUAAAAGGUAAGCAGAGCCUGUUAAAUCAAAAAUCUGCAUAUUAUAUUUUAGUCAAUUGCCAAAUUUUGAUCAGUAGUACUGAGCGUGAGUAUGAAUUGCUGUUAAAUUGCUUUUAAGAAAUCAAGGCAUGGUUAAACAGAUAAUUAACUGAAUCUGCAUGUAAAAGAUCCUAUUAAAUAAGUGGUAUAUUGUUUAAUUGGUUGUGUUAGAGGUGUAGUUAAUUAAUAGAUCGACUGAAUCUGCAUGUAAAAGAUCCUAUUACAUAAGUUGUAAACUGUUUAAUUGGUUAUGUUAGAGGUGUAGUCGAAUAGAUAUAGUACAUGUAAAUUUAAUUAAUAGAUCGACUGAAUCUGCAUGUAAAAGAUCCUAUUAAAUAAGUUGUAAACUGUUUAAUUGGUUAUGUUAGAGGUGUAGUCGAAUAGAUAUAGUACAUGUAAAUUUGGCGUUCCACAAGACAGAGAUCGAGAAUGAUGUGACCAUUGCACAUCAAACUAUAUUUAAUAUAACCAGAUUUGACGUUCCGCGAAUUUGUUGUGCCCAAUUCAGACAAAACAGUUGUUGGGGAAUGAUUGCCAUACUGUGAAUAGAUAAACGGUGUAAUAUUGACGGACACUGAGCUGAAUACUGUUCUUACCAGUCGCCGAGCUGUGAAUUAACCCAGCCGCCGUGCUAAAAUAUUGACUGUUUCUUUUUUCCCUCUUUCCGCUGUUGGUAUUCCUACAGAGAUAGAAUUAUUCUGACAAUUGUUAUAGAAUCGCCUAAAUUCACUGAUACAUCGUUCCAAAAGGAAAUCACCGAAUCAUUUCUAGAAAAUACCUAAAUAAAUCGCUGAACAAAUUCAAAUAAAAUACCGGAGAAACACACACGUGGUUGGGCGUCACAUACUGAUAACCCCCUUUGUAUGCGAGGGUGGGGGUGGAAGAGAUAAGCCUGAGCCAGCACCGCAGUACAUCCCUGGUCUCGACCAGGGACGGGCUAAGCAUACAACGAUAGAAAUAAACACCACAUAGUAAGGAUUGAAUAUACCUAAAUAACGCAUUAUACACAUUAUCAGACGAACUAGAUAAAAUGUCUGCAGCCACCACCCCAAUACCCUCCCCCACAGCAGUAUAUCCUGCAACAGCAACAGUCACAAUGGGCUCAACGGGGCACCUAUACCGGUCCACCCAGAGGGGUGUGCUACAACUGUGGAACUCCUGGCCAUUAUUCACGGGAUUGUCAACAGCCACUCUCCACUCAGCAACACCUAUGGAGAGGUAGGGGACGUGGAAGAGGAAGUGGGGGACACCCACCCCUGCAACACCCUCAACCAGGACCCAGUCACCUGCAGCAGUCAGCACCUGCAUACAACCACCCCGGACCUACUCACAUGCAACAGCAGCAGGGAGGAUACAACCAACCGCAGUUCCAGGGAAUGGCUGGGGACACCAUGCCCUGGCCAUGAAGAUGCCCACCACCUGCGGCAGGAGGGAGAGCCAACAUUUUCAACUACACACUGAACCAACUAUGAUAUGUGAAGUUGAGGGUGUUCCCCAUCAGUUCCUGGUAGACACAGGAUGCACCUAUUCUACUAUCAAGUUCCCUCAAAUGCUGUCAUCUAAUUCCAUAUCGGUGGUAGGGGUCACGGGAUCACCUGAGGCUCAAAGCCGCACUAUCCCUUUAACAUUCUCCUGGGAGAAAUGUCAGUUGAAACACCAGUUCCUGUACUGUCCAAAAUGCCCGAUCAACCUACUAGGACGGGACCUCUUAUGCAAAAUGGGGUGCACCAUAUAUCUUACUGAAAGUGGAGUGGAAGUAUCCACCAACCCUCCCUCUUCAACACCUGAUCGCCCAGUAAGAAUUAUGAUGAUGCCACUCCUGCCGACGCCCACGCUGUCUGAAACCCAAGAAGUCCACUGGCUAAAAUGCCUACCCACAGGGCCUGCCACCCCUCACAUCCAGCUUAAGUUCAACCAACUGAAAGCUCAAAUCUACACUCUGCACCCGUAUAAGACUCCCCAAGCUGAGACACUGAUGACUGCCCCUACACUGAAGACUGGGACGAAGACAUGAUGCACCUGACCCCACCUAUCAGGUGUUGUACCAUUGUGUGUGGCCCAGAGGGGGUGGCAGCACCGAUCAUCCUACGACCAAGGGACCUCCAUGCACCCCUGGCCUGGACGGCUGAAGCCUCAACAGCCUUUGCACUCCUGAAAACAGAUCUAUCAGCGGCAGCAGCGCUGAUUGCACCUGACUACAACAUUAAGUUCCAUUUGGAUGUUUCUGAAAAGGAAGGAUUCACCUCGUCCGUCCUAUUCCAGAAACAAGAGGGGGAGAGAAAGGUAUUGAUGUACCACUCCUCAAAACUUGACCACAUUGAGGUAGGACAGACAACAUGUUCCAGAUACGUUGCUGCAGUAGCAAAAGCUAUUGAAAAAAAACAGCUCACCUCGUGAUGUGUCAUCCAUUGGAGAUCCACACCCACCAUGGCGUCGCUGCGUAUCUGAUGAGUAAAGAAUAAACGUUCAGUGCUGAAAGAAAAACCAAGAUCCAGAACUAAUGCACACAGUCACAUAUCACGUUUGUGAACACCGACAAAAACAUGGCAGAUGCACUCAACGCAGAAGAAGGACUGCCCCACUCUUGUGCUGAAAGAGCGGCACAAGAACUAAAACUGAGACCAGACCUGAAGAAUGAACCACUGACUAAUCCCGACCAAUGGCUGUACACUGAUGGCUGCUGCUACAAAGGAGAAGAAGGAAACAUAGCAGCCUAUGCGGUGGUACAGCAACUCCCAGACGGCUCAUAUGUCACCCUUGAAUCAGCCAUCAUCCUUCAACCAGCAUCUGCCCAAUUAGCUGAAAUCAUCGGAUUGACGCAGGCCCUCAUCAGAGCAAAAGGAAAGACUGUGAACAUGUACACAGACUCAGCGUAUGCCCAUGGAGCAGUCCACACGGAUGGACCACAGUGGGUAAGAAGGAACUUCACUACAACAGGAAACCUCCCCAUCAAACACAAGACACAGAUGGAGAAACUAAUAGCAUCGGUAUCACUACCGGCGAAGGUAGCCAUCAUGAAGUGUAAAGGACACCAGCAAUUGAAAACCAGGAUCAGUGCGGGAAAUGAUGCAGCCGAUAAAGCAGCCAAGAAGGCUGGAGGUUACGCUCCCAAACAGAUGAUACUGCGACCACAGCUAUCACAAACAGAGCAUACCCAGCAAGACAUAGUGGUGCUACAACACUCAGCAGGACCAUAUGAACACUCAGUCUGGGCACAGAAAGGGGCGACCAAAGGACCAGAUGAACUAUGGAGAUGCCACGACGGCAGACUGGUAGCCCCAGCAAACCUUUGUCCAGAACUUUUACGAGAAGCACAUGGCCCUACACACGAAGGCAAACUAAAGACCCUCCAAAAGGUCUCGCACAUCUGGUGGCACCCUCACAUGAAAGAAAUGACUGACUUAUUUUGUGAAGAAUGCAACAUAUGUGGCAGCCACAACCCAAAGAAACCAUAUCAAAAACCAAUGGGCUCAUACCCAGUACCUAAUGCAUGUUUUCAGGACAUUAGUAUAGACUACACCGACAUGGGCCCCGACAAUGUAUCUAAAGGCAAACGCUAUCUCCUAGUUAUGGUAGAUAGGUUCUCCAAAUGGGUAGAAGCAAUACCAACAGCAAAGGGGGAUGCUAGGUCAGUCGUUAAGUGGCUACAAACCAAACUAAUACCCAGGUAUGGCAUCCCAAGACAAAUCAAAUUUGACAAAUGGCUCACAUUUCAGUAACAAACACCUAUGACAGGUGGAAGAAAGAUUUGGCAUAACACACAGAUUUGGAUCUGUGUACAGGCCCCAAUCUCAAGGUCUGGUGGAACGUCAAACCAAAAGUUGAAAGCUAAGAUAGCUAAAGUGUGUGCAGGUUCAAAGUUGACAUGGGUUGAAGCCCUGCCUCUGGCGUUGAUGGCCAUGAGAGCCUCACCAGGAGCAGGCACCCAUCUCUUUCCUCAUGAGAUAAUGACUGGAAGAGUCAUGCCUGGUCCACCAAGGGAGGGAGGUCAUAUGCCCGCCCUUGAUGUACAACAAAUUGUAAUGUCUGAUUAUGUGAAAAAACUGACGGUUCUCUCUGCAGCACUCUCUACCCAGA